AUGCCAUUCUUCCCCAUAAACACGGGCAUAGACCUUUCUCGGGCUCGAGAGAGGCCAAACAGGCCAGGGUUCUCAUCUCAGGGCGAGAAGCAGAGAUACAACCCAACACCAAAGAACCCUCCAGCGUCUAUACAGAUUAAAAACAGACGAAAACGAUAUCUAGAGCUGCACCCUGAAUAUUUCUCUCCGGCCCUGGAACUAGCGGACCCCCUUCUCUACGACCGACUAAUCCGACGUUUCCAAACGUCCAGCGAGCGUGAAGCCGAGGGCCGUCAGAAAGGCCACUCUGGCACCCUAGAAGCAGACCUAGAGCGCGCAGAAGCCAAGAUGGAAGCCCUGGCUCAUCCGGACCCAAGCUCGCUGCUCACAUAUACCCGUGGACCGAACGGCGAAAUCCUAGCAGAAGACAGAGACGAGAUACCAUCCUCCAAGCAGGAAGGCGCAGAGCGAUGGCGGUACGAGAUGGAAAUGAGAUUUGUCAAGGGGGCAGAUGACGAAUUUGAGUAUUCGGUCGUAGAUGAGUGUGAGGAGUAUGAUGAUUUAACUGAGGAGCAAGAGAAGUACUUUGACGACGAGGAGCCAGAGUGGAUUAUCGAGGAAGGAGAAAGCAAGGAGUCGUUGAAGGGAGAGACGGGGAUUCAGGAUUUUUGA